UAAUAGAGAGCAUAGUGGCGACGAGAACUGGCGUGGGACGGAGUGAAGAGAGUUGUUAUCGAAGAAGAGGGAGAACAGACAGGCAGGAGCAGAGCAGGGGGUGUGUGAGUGUGUUUGUGAGGUCCAAAAAGGAGCACAACACGGCGUGAAUGAGAGAGGCAAGCUGGCGGAAUUCAACAUGGCAUCCGGAGAUACGCUGUACAUUGAGACAGACGGCUCGGAGAUGCCGGCCGAGAUCGUGGAGCUCCACGAGAUAGAGGUGGAAACGAUACCGGUGGAGACUAUCGAGACCACGGUGGUCGGCGGGGACGACGACGACGACGACGACGACGGGCAACCCAUGAUCGCGCUCCAGCCGCUGGUAACGGACGACCCGAGCUCGAUCCACCACCACCAGGAGGUGAUCCUGGUCCAGACUCGGGAGGAGGUGGUCGGUGGGGAUGACUCGGACCUGCACACGGACGGCGGCAGCGGGUUCGAGGACCAGAUCCUCAUCCCGGUACCUGCUCCGGGGGUGGAGGACGAGUACAUCGAACAGACACUGGUGACUGUGGCUGGGAAGAGCUCAGUGGGUCGGGUGAAACGGGGAGGCGGCACCGGGGGCAAGAAAGCGGGCAAAAAGAGCUAUUUAAGCGGUGCGGAGGCUGGGGCAAGAAAAUGGGAACAGAAGCAGGUGCAAAUAAAGACACUGGAGGGGGAAUUUUCUGUUACGAUGUGGGCAUCGGAUGACAAUAAAGACAUUGACCAUGAGUCGGUGGUGGAGGAACAGAUCGUGGGGGAGAACUCCCCUCCGGAUUACUCGGAGUACAUGACAGGGAAGAAGCUGCCCCCUGGUGGCAUCCCCGGGAUCGACCUCUCAGACCCCAAACAGCUGGCCGAGUUUGCCAGGAUGAAGCCCAGGAAAGUCAAAGAGGACGAUGCUCCCCGGACGAUAGCUUGCCCUCAUAAAGGCUGCACAAAGAUGUUCAGGGAUAACUCAGCCAUGAGGAAGCAUCUCCACACCCACGGCCCCCGCGUGCACGUCUGCGCCGAGUGCGGCAAGGCGUUUGUCGAGAGCUCCAAACUCAAACGUCACCAACUUGUUCACACAGGGGAGAAACCCUUCCAGUGUACCUUUGAAGGCUGCGGGAAAAGGUUUUCUCUGGACUUCAACCUGCGCACACAUGUGCGGAUCCACACUGGAGACCGACCCUACGUCUGCCCUUUCGACGGCUGCAAUAAGAAAUUUGCGCAGUCAACCAACCUAAAGUCUCACAUUCUCACACACGCCAAAGCCAAAAAUAACCAAUGAGAGCCCAUCCACCAGCGUCAAGCCACACCGAUGAAAACGGAGCAGCGGCACAUGUGAAUCCUCUUUCAAAGACGGAAUGAAAAGCUUGAUUUAUAUGAAAAAAAAUCUGAGUAAAAGACUUAAAAACACUGAAAUUCAGCUAGUUUUCCUGCGUCCCCUUUCUUCUGCUGUCAUAUUGGAUGAGGAACACAGUGACUAUUCCCCAAAGCCCCGGCCAACACAGUCCCUUUGUUUCUCCAGAAGAUGGAACUCAUGGACAGACAUCAGAGACUUAUUUUUACCAGAGUGAGGAGAGAAGCAGCAAUCUAUUAGUAUUUUUAUUUUCUCACAUAGCUUUUAUUUUCCUCAAGUGUGCAUAUUGUACACUUGACUCGGGCUAUGUUUAGUAAAAUUGUGAUUUAGUUUUUUUUGUUUUCCUCCUGCAUUAUGAGAUCGUACCUGAUAUGAUACAAAGGCCUCAGCCUUGUGUGACCUGUUUCACAUGUAUGAGAAGUUUAAAAACAGCUGUAUGUUUGCAUUUCCAUACCUUUGGUUGUAUUUUUCUCUAACCACAAAAUAACCUUGUAUACUUGUAUUGUAUGGCUGUAUUGAAAUUAAGUAGACAUAGAUAGAGGUGUGAUUUAAAGUGUUAACCAAUUAAACUUUUAGUCAUGAGUUGCUUUAUAUUUUCUAUGAACUGUCUUUACACAGAUGAAUGAGUAAUAUAAACUUACUCAGAGCGUGUCUCAGUUAAAGUAUCUGAAGCGUACAUUGAAUUGACUGCGAGACCAUCACUUUCUUUGUUAGAAUGUAAUGUACAGACGUCAACCAUUAACUUCCUUUGUUGAUAUUUACACCCAUGUAUCUCAACUGCCCACAAUAAAAUGGGUCAUUCCAACCCUGUCGAAAUAUA